GUGUUUUGUGUAUCUGUUUUGCAGUGAUUGCAUAUGAAACUAAUAUGGCGACUUUCCAGCCGUUCAGAAAUAGUCAUGUGAAGCCUAGAAGAUCUGUCAGAAAAAGCUUCAGCGAAGAUGUGUUCCAGUCUGUAAAGUCUUUAUUACAGAGUGAGAAGGAACUAUGCAGUAUAUCAGGCGAGGACUGUUUAAAGCAGGAUGAACAUGCCAAUUUAACUGAGGUCACAUUUCUGGGCUUUAAUGAAGAAACAGAUGCUGCUCAUAUACAGGAUUUAGCAGCAGUGUCUUUGGAACUUCCAGAUCUUCUGAAUUCACUCCACUUCUGCAGUUUAAAUGAAAAUGAAAUUAUUUGUAUGAAGGAUAUAAAUAAAUCAUCAGAUGUCAACAGCAGUCCUCUAAAUCAGAGUCAUCAUUCUGGAAUGCUUUGUGUCAUGAGAGUGUCACCUACAUUACCAAGACUCAGAAUUGAUUUUAUCUUUAGUCUCCUAAGUAAAUAUGCUACUGGUAUAAGAUAUACCCUGGACACGUACUUACAUCAAAACUGCCAGCUUGAGACCACUCAUGAAGAUGAUGAUGAUGACACUAACCAGUCUGUGUCUUCCAUAGAGGAUGACUUUGUCACUGCUUUUGAGCAGUUGGAGGAAGAAGAGGCUUCAAGGCCAUAUAGUGAUGGAAUAAACAGUACUACGCUGCGGAGCCAAUGUGGUAUGGCUUCUCAGACUAUUUGUGGUCACCACUUGGAAACCCAUGAUUUAAAGAUUCUGGUCAGCUCUGGACAGCAGAAGUCACUGGCUAAACCCUCAUCUCCCUUAAUAAAUGUUCUGGGACAUGAAGAAUCACAUUCUGUGAAAAAUUCAGUCACAACUUCAAUUUCAGAGCCUUGGGUCCAGAGGAGUUUCUAUAGGUCAUCUAACGCUUCAGAUAAAAGCAGUGAUGCACAGAAAACUUUUUUUUCUUCUUCUCCUGCCUAUUCUUCAGAAUCAGAAUGCUCAAGUCCAAGUCCUGUUAUUUUCUUGGAUGAAGAAGGGUAUCAGAAAAGCUUAAAAGCAAAACUUGAGCUGCCUAAAAUUCCUGUGAUGAAAGAUGAUGUAGAGGAUUCAGACUCAGAAGUAAGUGAAUUUUUUGAUAGUUUUGAUCAGUUUGAUGAGCUAGAACAAUCCUCAGAGACUUUCUCCCUUUUUAUAAAUGAUCCUGUUGAAGGAAAGUCAUCACGAAAGAAAGGGCAUAAACAUGAAAAAUCUUGUAUGAAUCCUCAGAAAUUCAAGUCUGAUUGCCCAGCUCUUCCAGCUAAUGUUAAAAAGCCAACUCCUCGUAAGCCCGAAUCUCCUUACAGCAGCAACCUGUGUGAUGCUCCAGAUUCUCCUCGUCCAGUAAAGGCGUCAGGGGAUGACAGUGGUUGGUUUAGCCCUAUUCGAUCCUCUGCUUUUAGUCCUCUUGGAAGCUGUACUCCUGCUGAAUGCUUUUGCCAAACAGAUAAUGGUGGAUAUCAGACUCGUGAUUCUGUUUAUUACAUCUAUGACGAUUACGCAAAUAACAUUUCAUGUGAAGUACUAGAAUCCGUUCUUCAUAACCAACAUGCUAAUGAAAUGGUAAACAUUAAUAGUAUUAAAAAAGGAGAAAAUAAAACUGCUGCUUUUAAGCAUGCAAACCUCUAUCAAAAAAGUGACUAUAAAAAUAAAUCUUUAAUGAUUAAAGAUAGCAUUCAGAGAUUUGCUGCAGAUCUUGUGGAAAAAAGUUUUAGCAGUGCAUUUAAAGACUUACAGAAAGGAGUCUCUUCGUGCACUAAUGCAUUGUGCCACUUAGCCAUCCAAUUGACUUCAUCUGUUUUUCAGAUGGCAUUUAAUGAACUGAGAAGGCAGCAUGCGUUUUCACUGAAACAACGUGCCAUUAGUGGUCUGGCUAAUUUUUUGGUGAGUGAAGCCUUUUCACAUGCCUUAAAAGAUUUACAGUAUGUAAAGAAGCAGAUAUUUACAAAUACAGUUGCUAAGUUUGCUGCAGAUCUUGCUGAAGAGCUUGUUUUUGAAGGCAUCAUGGAAGUUUGUCAGUUUUCAUAUCCUUCAACACCUGCAUCUCUGCAGUGUCAGUCAUUUGAUUUUGAAGACAAAGUCAUGAAGUCAUAUGCAGAAGAUUUGUCUGAGUCUGUAAUACAGGAAGCGUUCAUUGAGCUUUCACAAGUUGAUGUGCCCUUCACAACAAAGGCAGCAGUUAGUGUUUCUACAGAUAAUAUUAAGUAUGUGAAUGCAGAAAGUGUAGCACCAUCUACACAGACCUUCACAAUUUCCCCUUUUAACAAUCAAGCCGUUACGGUGACGAAACCAGUGCAGGAAUAUAAAAAGGAAUACACUGUUCAGCAGGCCUUGUUUUGUACUUCAGGAAUUGUCACUUCUAUUCCAGUGCCCUUGGCAGGAAGUGCCCUUCUUCCAUAUCAUAUUUCCUUUACUGUGUGUCACACAAAUUCUCAUCUGUCACUUGAUGACAGUAAUACAAAUGGUGAUUCUACCCAAGCACACGUUAUGUCAAAAAACAAAGAAGAGGAAGUAGGUUGUCCCAGAAACAUUUGUUUACUUUCAGAACACAAUCUGGUAAGCCAGAAUGAUUGUAAACCAACUAAUAAUGACAUUGAAAUUCAAAGUUCUUCAAAAUUAACAAGUGACCCUGUGAUUAUCAGUAACUUUUCUGCAGCAAUGGUGCAUACAAUAGUAAAUGAAACUUUAGAGUCAAUGACACUAUUCAAAGUUGCCAAAACAGUUGAUGAAAAUACUGAUUGUUUAACUAAAACAAUAAAAGGACAUGCCUCACCUUUCUCUCAUCAAGCAGCACCACAGCAGGGGGAAGCUACCAAUAAAGACACGUUUGCUGAACUAUUCUCUAAAUCUGUUAUUAAAGAUUCCAUAGAUACAAGCAAAUCAAUAAAAUCAACUACAAAUACAAAUAUCAUAUCUAAAGAAGGCUUGCCUGUUGCUGGAGAAGAAUCACAGUCGACCUCAGAAAAGUUCCCUAAAUUUCUUGAUGCCCAAGAUCAUUUACCUUGCUGUUCACUUUCCAUGAGAAAGGAUUGUGUUCAAGAAUGUAAAGAUUCGAUGGUUCAUGGAAUUUCUUUAGAGACAUUAUCACCUUGUCCAAUGAUGGCAAGUCAGAAACCUGAUCUUAAGGAACUUGCUAAGGAUAAACCAGUGAAAAAGCAUAAUUUGAAUGAUACAGCACUUGAGCCCUUGUCUUUUGGACAGGAGAGCCCUUUACGUCGCUCACAUACUAUCUCAUCGACAGUGCUUACCUGUGUAGAUGGUUUGCAUGUGGAAGAUAAACAGAAAAUCAGAGACAGAAAUAUAAUACCCGAUACUCCUCCAUCAACUCCUCUAGUUCCAUCCCAGGCUAGUUCUGAAUGGGAUAUCAAGAAGUUAACAAAAAAGCUCAAAGGGGAAUUAGCCAAAGAAUUUGCACCUGCUACGCCACCUUCUACACCUCACAAUUCAUCUGUUGGUAGUUUGUCUGAAAGUGAACACAAUACUAUAGAGAAAGAAGAGUUUAUGUUGAAACUCAUGCGGUCUCUUUCAGAAGAAGUUGAAAGUAGUGAAGGUGAAGAACAUCCAGAAAUGAAUGUGAAGUUAGAGCACUCAGGGAAGAAAGUGCAGUUUGCAGAAGCAUUAGCUACACACAUAAUUUCUUUUGCAACUGAAAUGGCAGCCUCUCAUUUAGAUCAUAAAAUAACCCAAGAACCUGAGGCUCAAAAGCCUUGCUUCAGUGUGCAAAGUCAAGGAAAAGUAUUGCCUGUUUUUUUAAGUCAUUCUGAUGAAAAUUUUCAGACAUGCAUUUUUGCAGGCGAUAUGGCUGCAGAAAUCAUUACAGAAGCUGAGAAAAUAGCAAAAGCUAGAAGUUCUGUACUUCACAGGAAAAAGAAGAAUCUAUGUUUUAUUGAUGGGGACCAAGAUUAUAGAUCAGAAGAGACGUUGGAUAUGGAAGUUGUAGCACACCCAAGAGAAGUGGAUCCAUUUAUUCUUUCAUUACCACCAAGUUCUAUGUCAGGUCUGACAUAUAAAUACCCCAGCUGUGAAAGUGUGACAGAUGAAUAUGCAGGUCAUGUUAUUCAAAUGCUAAAACAGGAAGGUGGUAAUGGUGAGUUAAUAAUGGAUCAGUUUGCCAAUAGACUUGCUUAUCGGUCUGUUAAGUCAGGUUUACAAGAAGCAGCUAAGACAGCAAAAAUGAAGUGCAGCUCAAAAAUAUUCCCUGUGCAAAGUGCGCCAGUGAAGAUAAACAGUGAACUGUUAAUGUUCUCGAACAAAGAACAGCACCGAGAAGUAGGUAAAAAAAGUAAAAGAAAAAGAAAUGGAGGUCACCUUUGUCAAAAUCAAACAUGUGAAAGAACAAGAGAUACAUGUAGAAAUGAGGACUCUCACCUGUAUAGUUUUUCAGCCUCUCUUGCUCGCUGCAUAACAAGAGAUGUUAAAAAAGAGCUGAUGGCACCUAAAGUUGACUUACCAAAAUCCUUAACAGAUUCCUGCCUUUUUGAAAAAUCUGGAUAUGUUGAAGAUACUGAGUGUCUCACAGAACCAGAAUUUUCUACGCCUCUUCAGCUGUCCUCACAAAAUCAAGGAUAUCACCACAGUACAGGCAACUUAAAUAGACGUGCUUGUGGAGAGAAUAUUGUUCAAGCUAUAGAACAGUAUGCUAAAAAAGUAGUGGACGACACUUUAGAGUUAGGUCUAGGAUCCAAAGUUUUCCAAUCGUCUGAAACUACAAAAUCAGUAGAUAGGAUCACUUAUGCAGAAAAGUUGUCACCUCUUACAAAUCAGAAUUGCAGAUACUGUGACCGUAAAGAACUCCAUGAUUGUACCGGAAACUCAACUCAGCACUUUUUCAGACAGGAUUCACGUGUUAGUAGUAAGUUAGUUACAAAUUCAAAGUUUAGCAACAUCUGUCAGAAAUCUAGAAUUUUUCAUCUUGAUGUCCCUCAAAUUCAUGUAAAUCUUGAUAAAAAAUCACUACUUGCUGAGAAGAUAGUUGCUGAAGCUAUUGAAAGAGCGGAGAGAGAGCUGAGCAAUACCAGUUUGGCAGCUGAUAGUGGGAUUGGACAAGAUGGCAUUAGUUUUGCUGAAAGCCUAACCACAGAAAUAAUGACAUCAGCCAUGCUGAAUGUUGGACAUACUGUCAGCAGUUCAAAGGAAAUAGAAGAUGCCCAGUCAACUGAGUCACUUGGUAGCCAGCAAAUGAACCUCAGUAUUGGUGAGGACAGCAUUGGUAGCUGGUCCAAUUUAAGUUUUGAGGAUGAACACCAAGAUGAAAGUAGCAGUUUUCAUCAUUUAAGUGAAAGCAGUAAUGGUAACAGCAGUAGCUGGAGCAGUCUUGGUUUAGAAGGAGAUUUGUAUGAGGACAAUUUAUCCUUUCCAACAUCAGACAGUGAUGAACCAGAUGAUAAAGAUGAAGAGCAUGAGGAUGACGGAGAAGGUUUGGAGCAAGAUGGAAAGACUUUGCUGAUUACAAAUAUUGACAUGGAGCCAUGCACAGUAGACCCCCAGUUAAGGAUUAUCCUUCAGUGGCUCAUUUCUUCUGAAGCUGAAGUUGCAGAACUUUACUUUCAUGAUUCUUCAAAGAAGGACUUCAUACUACUUUCAAAAUGGUUACAAGAAAAAGGAUGGAAAGUGGGAGACCUCCUGCAGGCUGUGCUUAAAUACUAUGAAGUGGUGGAAAAAGCUUCCAGUGAGGAGAGAUGCAAGUCACUGUUUGAUUGGCUCUUGGAAAAUGCAUAAAACAAACCCCAAACCGCUGAACAAAAUGUAGAGGACAUAAGGAAUAGUUAAUCAGGUAAUUACAUGAGUUUGAAUUAAUAAUUAUGGUAGAAAAAUAUGUUUUGUAGUGAAAGAUUUAGAUUUGCUUUUUAAGAAAAAUGUCAAAGGCUACUUAAAUAUUUACAUUGUAGACUUUGGUUUUCCCCAAUUUAAGAUACAAGUAUAGGCUGAUCCUUAAUCAUAAAUUUUCCUGAAGUUUCAAAUAUCUUUUGAGGUAAAGAAAGAAGGAAAUUAUAAUUUCUGCCUUGAGGUUUUCAGAAUUUGAGAUGAGGCCACACUGGACUGGAGUUUAAAUGUUAGGACCAGGAAUGUUUGCUCUUGUUAGUUGUAAGGUAGAUUAAUUAAUCAAGUUCAAUUGCAUUUUGAAUAACAAUUGAAUCAUUAUUUAGUAAUUUGUGUGUAAAUAUGAGUUUGAAUAACAAAGCUGGAUUCUGAAUUUCUUUUAAAGUGAAAUAUUUUGUAAAAGUUUCUGUGUUUGAAAUGCUUAUGUUUAUUUAUGUUAACGAUAUACUCAUUUUGAGGUAAAGUUUUUGACAUAUUCUUUCUUCUGCAUUUUGCUGGACCUGUGCUGGGUUCAGAGUUCCAUUAUCUAACCACUGCCUACUGACAAACCAGUCAUUAGGUGUUAGCGUGUGUGAUUAUAAUAAUAGUGGAACUCCACAUUUGCAUCAGUGCAGAGGCAUUAGGGAAAAUAUUAAAUAUUGUUAUAUGUAAAAAGAAACGUGAGUUAAGCUUCCUUAUAUAUAUAGAGAGAAUGUUUGGACAGUAUCUUUUAAUCAUAUACAGUCUAAAUUUAACUUUCUUUAAAGACUCUGUGAUUUUCCAAAGACAUUUGUAGAUCUGUUUGGUUGCUCAGUCUUGAAAGCAGCUCCGUUGAGAACAGCUUUGUCUUAUUACAAAUCUGCUUGACAUAUUUAUAUUGUAACAUCGUAAUAUUGCCAUUCUGUACAUUUUGGUCCUAAUGAAAUAUGUCUCAUUCAAAAUUGUUAAAAUUGUGAUGUGCAGUUGUUAAAAUUGUGAAUUGUUUACCAGUUUUAGAAUCAUCAUGUAAUCUGUGGAAAGUGAAUGAAACCCCUGAGAAGGGGUUUUCAGAACAUUUUUUCAGUCUAAAGUAGGGCAGUUCUUUCAUGUUCUUUUCCUUUUCCUAAGGUUAAAUUACAUUUGUAUUUUGGGCAUUAUUCAUGUUGAUUUUGAAAGUACUUCCUGAUUUCUUCAAAAUGAAAGAUUCAUUUAUAAAUCAAAGAAGAAAAUGACAGUGUCUAUUGGAUAAAUAUGUAUGAUUUAGUGGCAUUAUAAAACCUUUGAGAGUAUUUACUCUGAACAUAUGUGGUACCUUUAUACUUUGAAAAAUGUUGCACUUAACCUUUUAGAUAUUUUAUGUGAAUUAAUUCAAUUCAUAAUCUUUAAUUCUGCUUAAGUAAAGGUUUUUUAUAUUCCUGGUAGGAGAAUUUAAUUACUUAAGUACACUGUGUAUAAAAGGAAAGAUGACAUUAGAGAAAUUUGACAUUGUGCACAUUCCCCAAAUGUAAAGCUUAAUUUUUAUUCAUCAUCUGAGUCCAGUCUGAUGAUAUCUACUUAAUUAUUUAGCUAAUAUUAUCCCACAGUUAAUAUAAUCAAUUUCCCACCAGUAUAUCACUUUACGUUUUUUUUUUCAAAGAAAACUUUAGACAGAAUGUUUAAAAUGUUGCAUCCACACUCAGGGGUUAGGGAAAAUACUUUCCAUUUAAAGCCCUGUUCACCUUUACCUGCACAGGAGAAGGGCAUCAUUGGGAAUUAGAAAAAUUGUACAAUGAAGUGAGAUGCAUUUUUUUUCUCAUUUUCAGAAAAAAAACUUGCAGAACAUUUAAUCAUUUACUGUAUUCUUGCUCUGAAGAUGCAGAUACAGUGUUAGUCACUUUUGUCACUUUAAUUUAUUUAUUUUUUUUAUCAUCCAUGUACAUUCCUUCAUUUAGAAUUGUAGAUCUAGAAGUUCUCAUUUGUUGUUGUUGCAAUGUUUGAAUAUUGUUUAAUACCAGGUUUUAAUAUCGCUGAAUUUGCUACCUUUGGUUACUUGUGCAGUGUUAAAAGUAAUCCACAUUCUUGUUUAAUUACCAGAUAUAUAGCAAAAGAAGCUUUGAAUAAUUAUAACUUUAUUUGGCUGUGCACAGUUAUUACAUAAAGAUCUUAUACCGUGUUACAGUAACUUUUUUUUUGCUCUUCAGUGAUUGUUUGCUUACCAAAAUAGGAACUUCAGGAUGCACUAAACUUUUGUUUUAGUAGUGGCUUAAAAAGAAGUUUCAAAAAUUACUUUUGUAAUAACUUGCAAUUAAUUGUUCUUUUAUCUUACAGUUGUUUAAGCCUGUGAUCUUUCCUCUCCCAACUAAGAAUUCUUCAAUAAAUUU